AUGAAAAAAAUAGCAACACCAAGGUUGAUUUGCACCAGCAAAAUAAUUAGUGAGAAGACUAACCGAACAAGAACUAGAAUCAAACAUCUCCAAUUCAUAGGAAACGAUCACGUGCUGAAAUGGAGUUUGAAAAUUGAUCAAUUUAGAGUGUAUCACGUAUGGGCAUCGCAUAAAAACGAAAAAUCUCAACCCAAGCGAGAAAAUGCACAUGAUUACGCCUCUUUAAAACUCUUGCAGAGACUCGCCAAACAAGCACUAGCUAGCAAUGACCAACCAACAGCCGUUGAACUCUACUCGCGAAUCAUUGAUUGUUUGACCAUGAGAAGAAAACGGCUGGGAGUCAUGCAACAAGAAUCUCGCGGUGAAGAUUUCUCUCUUGAAGAUCGAGCCAUUCUAUACGACGCGUAUCUUCAACGAUCGUUAUGUACGCACUCGAUUGAAGAUGCUUCUCAAAUGAUCGAGUUGACUCCGGAGGCAUUUGCACCGUAUUAUGUACGAGGGCUGUACUAUAGCUCGCAAAACGAAAAGGAAAAGGCUUUACAAGAUUUUAAUAAGGUAUUGAAGAUGAAUCCAGACUUUUCAGACGCUUACAUUCAGAGAGCCAAAUUGUAUUAUUUGAAAUUUAAGGAUAAUAGGAAAGCCAUUCAAGAUUUUGAACGUGCUUUUCAACUCUCACCCAAGAUGGAAUCCAUAGAAAUUUAUUACCUUCGUGUGGCUCAUCUCUGUACCGACGCUUCUCAACCUGAAAGUUACAAUCUUGAAAAGGCGAAUGAAUAUAUGGAAAAGGCUCUUCGAAGCUUGACUGAAAAACGAAAAGCUGUUCCUCUCAGCCUGUACAAUGAAUUAUUCUCGUGCUGCUACGAAUUGCAUCGCUAUGAAAAGGCAUUAUAUUGGGCUCAUCAAGGAAUUAAAUAUGGUUCUCAUCAUGGACCACAGGAUCAUCCAUCCACGGAGGAGCACUACAACCAUUCCAUGUCCAUGCUGUACUAUCAUAGAGGAAAUUUACUAUGGCAUCAACGAUUUAAACGACAAGAUUUAGCGAUACGAGACUUGGAAAAAGCCUUGUCGUUUUCACCCAAUAAUAUUCAAGCACUCCUUCAACUCGCCUUGUUGUACCUUCGAAUGGAAUCUAGUGGUCUAGGAAGCAAUGUUCUUCAACAAAUUUCAGAGUUGCUGGAUCGAGCAGAGAACGAACUAAAUAGAAAUACCUCCAUGACGAGCGAUCAACAGAACGAAGAUGAUUCCAGCUCGUCCAAAGGAGAGAACCACUCGUGGAACGUUCAUUAUUCUACACUGUACUCUUUAAAGGGACAACUGUACCUCACAAAAAACUCGAUGGAGAAUGCCAUGGAGCAUGUCAAUCGUGCCUUGCAGAUAUUUCCAGAUUCGGAGUUGGCUUAUUUCAUUCGAGGACUGGGUUAUGUGAAAAGCAAGGAAUUAUUAGAGAAGGCACGACAAGAUUUUGAACAAGCAUUGACAAUUUCUAGACGAGGAGGAAUUAUCUUCACCGAGGACGAGAUCAAGGAAAUGAUUCAAAACGUGUGGCCUGAUUUCUUCAGCUCAUAA